AUGGAGGUGCGCACGUACAUGGACUAUCCCGUUGCGAUUUAUAGCAACAUCACAGAGCAGUUGAAUGGCUCCUCAGCCCCCUCCUCUGGGCUGGCAGGAGAGGAACCUGACCCCCACCAGCAUUACACCAUCAGCGUCUUCCUCUCCUGCCUCUACACAAUCUUCCUUUUCCCCGUGGGCUUCAUCGGGAACGUCCUCAUCCUGGCCGUCAACCUGAGCCACAAGGGACGCAUGACCGCCCCCGAUCUUUACUUUGUCAACCUGGCGGCUGCCGACCUGGUCCUGGUGGCUGACUCCCUGAUUGAGGUGUUCAACCUUAGUGAGCACUACUAUGACAUGGCUGCCCUGUGCACCUUCAUGGCCCUGUUCCUGCAGGUCAACAUGUACAGCAGCGUCUUCUUCCUGACCUGGAUGAGCUUCGACCGGUUUGUGGUGCUGGCGGGCUCAAUGGGUCUGGGCAGGAGCAUGCCCCGGGCCCGUCUGACCUGCUGCCUGAUCUGGGUGACCUCCGCCCUGCUCACCCUGCUGCCCUUCACCGUGGCCCAGGUGCAGCACACCGGGGAGCUCCACUUCUGCUUCGCGAACGUAUCCCAGAUCCAGUGGCUGGAGGUUACGCUGGGCUUCCUGCUGCCCUUCUGCGUGCUGGGCCUCUGCUACUGGAGGAUCGCCCUGGUUCUGGUGAGCGCUCAAAGGGAGCACAGUGGGCUGCAGCGGCGGCCACAGAAGAGGAAGGCUUUGAGGAUGAUUUCUGCGGCCGUGUUGGUGUUCUUUGCCUGUUGGUUACCGCAGAACAUGUUUGUCAGUGUGCACCUGCUGAGAGGCGAUGUGGAUGGAACGUUGUGGCAUGACUACCCUCUGACGGCCCACAUGGUCAACCUGGCUGCCUUCUCCAACAGCUGCCUCAACCCCCUGGUCUACAGCUUCCUGGGGGAGACCUUCCAGGACAAGCUAAGGAGCUUCAUCAAGGAAAACAUCAGCUGGGCCAAGUUAGACAGCUCCUGUUGGAGUAGCUAG